GUAGUUUGCCCGUUUGUUCCAAGUGCCCUGUGCCUAUUUUAAUAUUUGAAAUUUUAAACUUCACUUUUAACCUGGUUUUAAAAAAAAGUAUCUAUUUUCAACAUUGAAUGCAUUUAGACUGUAAUGUGAUGACUGCGUUUUAGUUCAGGGGUGAGGGAUGGGAUCUUAGCUUGUAUAUAUGGCUUGCAAAUCGUUUAUGGGUUUGUUCAUGCAACUUUGUAACCCGCCUUGAUCCUUUGGAAAGACGGUAUAUAAAUACAAUGUAUUAUUCUUAUUAUGAAAGUGAAUGUGGAGGGCUCAUAGGGCGAGGCGAGAAACUUCCACUGCCGAGAAGGGGCCUGGGCGCCUCAGUCACCGCAUCCUUCCCCUUCUUCUUCCUCUCAAGCGGGCACCCGCAGGAGGAAGGAGGGCCCAGCUUGCUCCUCCUCAGCCGCCUAAAGCGAGCCGGCUUUUGAGAGCGAAAGGAGGCCAGGAAGGGCACACAACGAGGCUCCAUCUCCUCAGCCGCGCUUUCCCUCACAACUCUGAGGGACGCGUCCCUGUUUUGUUUUCCCGCGCUUUUGCGCUAAGAGGAAAAGGGAAGCGGCCCAGCUCGUUCUCUUCAUGGCAGAAACGAAUGGCUCCGUCCGGGGAGGAACGGAGGCGGCGAACGGGGAGAAGAAGAAGCAGAAGCAGCGCAAAGAACUGAAAAUGGUGGUGGUGGGCGACGGAGGCUGUGGCAAAACCUCGCUCCUCUUAGUCUACGCCAGCGGCGCCUUCCCUGAGCAAUACGCUCCCUCAGUAUUUGAGAAAUACACCACCAGCGUCACUGUGGGCAAGAAGGAAGUCAUCCUACACUUAUACGACACUGCAGGGCAAGAGGAUUAUGAUCGCCUACGGCCUUUGUCAUACCAGAACACCAAUGUCGUUUUAAUUUGUUAUGAUGUCAUGAACCCUACUAGCUUUGAUAAUGUAUUAAUUAAGUGGUCCCAUGAGGUGAACCAUUUCUGCCGCGGAAUCCCCAUUGUACUUGUCGGCUGCAAAACAGACCUCCGGAAAGACAAAGAACAUCUACGGAAACUCCGCUCAGCGGAACAGGAACCGAUCACUUACAGCCAGGGUGAAGAAGCUCGUCGCCAGAUGAAUGCAGACAUUUACCUGGAGUGUUCUGCCAAGUUCCGUGAAAACGUUGAGUCUGUUUUUCGAGAAGCAGCCAGCAUUGGCCUAAAUGCUAUGAAAAAAGCCAAACGACAGACAAAAUCGAGGCCAUGCGCCAUAUUAUGAUAAAUUGGAUGUUACACGGACCCAGAAAGGACCCAUUUCACUUCAACGAUAAGCAAGAGAUCUGUUUCAAACUUUGUACUGUAUAUAUAUAUUAAGACUGGAUUUUAAUAGGAAAGCCAACUCGUUUUCAUGUAAUUUCUGCUUUUUAUACCUCAUAUGAAGAUUAUGUAUUUUGUUAUCUAUGGAAUGGGACUGUUCCCUGCAUGUGUCCAGAAUUGGGUUUUUUAACUGCAGUUGUGGGAGGGGUGGGAUUUUACUACUGCAAGCAACAAAAGGACAUAACUUAGCUGUUUUUAAAAUUCUCAUAGACGUGCUUUUCUUGCUUUUUGAGAACUAGAAAUACUAUGUAGUCUUUUAAGCAACUGCGCUAUUUGCACAUGAAAAUAAUUCCUUCAUUCCUGUUUGGGGCAACAUUAAAGGUACUGUGUUAUUUGAAAAAGGUCACCACCUCUUCUUAUCCACCCUACGGUGUAGAGGAAACCAUUCAAGAGAAAGAUGUUUAACAAGAUUCCAGGUUCAAAGAACCCCUAUCAUUGAGUAAUAGAUUACUAGGAGGACCCAACUCUGGACCUGUAUAAGAAGUACUCCACCCUGUGUGAGGUGUACAUAUACAUUGUUUCAAAUGCAGGCUGCAAUCCUGCAUCAGGAGACACCUGUUACAGA